UACCCAGUUCCCAUCGUUUAUGAUGAGUACUUAGGAAUGUACGUUAGCAAUACCUACGGACGUCAUAGCGUAGUGGUAUAAAAACUACAGUUAAAGAAUUGUAAAGUCAUUAUCUUUUGUGUAGUGUUGUCUGCAGUCUAGUGUUCUAUUCAAUGAAAUAAAUCGCAAUGAGUUUCACCGAUAAAGUAGUGAUAAUUACGGGAGCAAGUUCGGGAAUUGGUGCUGCAGUUGCAAUUAAAUUUGCCGAAGAAGGAGCCAACGUUGUAUUAGUAGCUCGGAACCAAGCAAAACUAAAAGAAGUAGUUGCAAAAUGUGAGAGACACGGUGGUAAAGUGCUUGUGGUGAUCGCAGAUGUGACCAAAAGCGAAGACAUCAAGAAUAUAAUAGAACAAACUAUUAAUCAAUUCGGGAAAAUAGAUAUUUUGGUGAAUAAUGCUGGAAUAAUUAGGACGGCUGCAGUCUGGGAUGAAAAUGCAAUGGACGUGUUCGACAGUGUGAUGGCUACAAAUUUGCGCUCAGUGGUCCACCUGACAAACCUCACUGCUCCACAUUUGAUUAAGACAAAAGGUAAUGUGGUCAACAUAUCAAGUAUAGCAGCAGUAGAUGCAAUGAACCCUACAUUCUUCGCUUAUUGUACUUCAAAGGCUGGUCUGGACCAGUUUAUGAGAUCAGCAGCUCUUGAUUUAUCACCAAAAGGAGUAAGGGUUAACUCUGUAAAUCCAGGACCAGUGCGAACGGACUUUGAACAAAAUUUUGGCGUGAAUAAAAGUGAAGCUGACAGUUUUUGGGAUAAGACUAAGAGUUGGAGUACUCUUGAUAGAGUAGCAGAACCUGAAGAAAUUGCUGAUUUGGUGUUGUUCUUAGCUAGUGACAAAGCAAGAUCAGUAACGGGAUCGUCUUAUCUCAUUGAUAAUGGUUGUUUGUUAAAGAGACCGUAUAAUUUAUGAAAAAUUAAACAUUGGACAUCGACAUUAUAAACAUAAAACAGUUGUAUUUGUCUAAUACAGACUUAAUGUACCUAUCUGCUACUUAAAAUUAAUUGAAACUAAUUGAUAUGCAUGUGUAUAAUGAUUAAUGAAUGUAUUGGGAUUUCGUCUUUUUGUUGCUAUAUGAUGUAAAAGAAAGUGUAUCAACCAACUAAUGUAUUGA